AACUUUGCACGGCUUUUGCUGCCACCUGCCAGCCGGCUCUUCCAGAAGCUGCACCCGCACCCAAGCAAAAAGCAACCGCUUUUGCAGGCCAAGGCGAGCUGCUUCCUCCGGGGGGACCUUCGCCCGUCCUUUUCAGGCUUCAGGCUUUAAAAAGCGAGCCCUUCCUUGCAAAGCCGAGCAAUUCUUUGCACUUAACGGCUCGGAAAGGCGCCAUGCCCAACGAGACCUCCUUCAGCAAGCCGUCGGCUUCGUCGGAGCAUCACGCCCAGGGGACCAAAACGGGCCCUUAUGGGAAGGCUGCCGGGCUAGCGGCCGCCGGAGGUGGCGGCAACUCGGGGGGUUUAACCCAGGGCCCUGCUGGGGCCGUCACCGCCGCGGGGAAAAAGUCCCCGCGGCUCCCCAAGUGCGCCCGCUGUAGGAACCACGGCUACUCCUCGCCCCUGAAGGGCCACAAGCGGUUCUGCAUGUGGAGAGAUUGCCAGUGUAAAAAAUGCAGCUUGAUCGCCGAGAGGCAACGGGUGAUGGCCGCCCAGGUUGCAUUGAGAAGACAACAAGCCCAAGAGGAAGAGCUGGGGAUUAGCCACCCCAUCCCAUUGCCUAGCGCCACAGAAAUGUAUGUGAAGAAAGAAAACAAUGCUAACAGUUCCUGCCUGUUGGAAAGCACCAGCCCACCCCAGUCGACAACCACAGCAACUGUAGUGUCUACCUCAUCCACAGAAGGACGGAUGCUGAUUCAAGACAUUCCUUCCCUGGCCAGCAGAGGGCAUCUGGAGAGCACAUCUGACUUAGUUAUGGACCCCACCUACUACAGCAGUUUAUACCAGCCAUCCCUGUAUCCUUAUUACAACAACCUGUACAACUAUUCUCAGUACCAAAUGGCUGUGGCCACCGAAACCACCUCUGGUGAUAUGGGAAGCCCAUUGUCAGGGUCACCUGUUAAGAGCAGCCUCCGAAGCCUCCCAACAACUUAUAUGUCAAGCCAGUCGGGAAACCAAUGGCAGGUGAAAAGCCCAGAAGGUCGGCACAGUUUGAGUUCCCAGUACAGGAUGCAUUCUUACUAUCCUUCCAGCUCUUACUUGGGACAGAGUGUUGGGGCCCCUGCCUGUGUUCCCCAAAUUUUUACUUUCGAGGAGAAUCCUUCUUAUUCUGACACAAAAGCAAAUGUAUUUUCACCACCUAGUAGUCAAGAUUCUGGCUUGGUUUCCCUUUCCAGCAGUUCUCCCAUCAGCAAUGAAAGUACCAAGGCUGUGCUGGAGUGUGAGUCAGCCUCUGACUCCAACACCUUUCCAGUUCAUUCUGUUAUGGAAGAUGGCGAAUAAGCAGGGAUGAAAAAAAAAAAAGUCUUGGGGUGGAUUCCCUUGAAGAAGUGCCUUCGUGUUAAUUUGGAUUUGCCUGUUUGUGAUGACAGAUGCUGAAAUAACUGUUGAUAAAAUGUUCUCUUAUUCCCUUUAUAUUUGUUCUGCACUUUGUGAUUUUCAGUCUUAGAUAAGAAUGAGAAUAGUAUAGUGUAAAGGGCUGCAAGAGCAUUACCCUUAAGUAUAUUGAAAGAAAUGUAUUGGUAUUCUCUAAUUUUUUUAAAAAUUUUUUUUGACAUAAACAGUAUAUAAAUAAAAUUAAAGAUUAUUUUGUAGAUAAAAUGUAAUCAAAGUUCAGUGUAUGCAAAAGAUACUUAGAUUUGCUCAUAAUCGAUGUAUCCAGUACAUAAGAGUUUGAUUAAUUCUUUAAUGGUGUUCAAAAACAAGAUAUUUCAAAUAUGAAAAUUUGAGAAAUAGUUUCCUAUUGUGAAACAGAAUUGUUCUUCCUUUUUUAAGCUGCACUGCAUGAGUUAAGAUUGAGAUGGAAGACUCUAUGUUUUACAGACCCAAGGAUCUUUUUUCCUCUUUUCAUGAUAUAUAAAAGUAGAUAAAAGUUUAAGCAAGAAUGAUAUUUUUAAUUAGUAAAAGGCCUGUGAUGGAUUUUUCUUAGUUCUGUUUUAAUGGAAGACACUAUAUUUUGACCAGAUAUAGCCUCUAUUGCUAGCCUAAAAUGUAAAAAAAAAGUUUGUACAAGUUAAGCUAUUUGCUACAAUGUUAGCUCCAAGUAAAAAUGGCCUUUUAAAGUUAUUAUAGAUUUUUUUCAAUAUUCUGUUAAAAAUGCCUUACCAUGUACUUUCUCUUAGUUACAGAAGCCAACCAGAAAUAAAACUGCUCUUUAAAAGAAUUCAUUGUUCUCUAUAGUUGCAGUAGUACUGAAAUAAAAAUGUUAUUGAUGACCAAA